UGUUGUGCUAGACAGAGAGCAGAUCGCUCAGCAUUGUUUGUAGAGUAAUGGUUGAGGAAAAUAUAUUUUUAGAUUAGAUUUUGCAUAGUGAAAGAUUAUCUUAGUGAUCAUGAUUUUGGGUUUAGAGGCAGGGGUGUUUGAAGUAAGUGAGGUAAGAUUUAAAGCCUGAAAGAUAACAGGAACAUUCAAGGUCAAUGAACGCAGAGAAAGGCUCAGGUAAAGUAAAAUCCAGGCGGGUUAUGUUUGAGCGUUCGUUCACUUACAGGAAACAGUUUUGCCUGUCUGCCUCAUAAAUCACAUUUCCAUGGGGUUUGAACUUUGAGCCACCGGCACCUUUUCAUGCUGGCACUUCUCACGUUGUGGGCUAACGGAGGAGAACAAUGACCGAGCACCUGCUGAAAAUACUGAUUGUUGGUGAUGGGAACGUUGGGAAAUCCUCCUUUGUGAAUCGUUACGUCAAUGGACAGUUCAACAAGACGUACAAGAUGACCGUGGGAGUGGAUUUUUCUGUGAAGCUGCUGCACUGGUCGAAUAAAGAAAAAGUCAGACUGCAACUGUGGGAUGUCGCAGGUCAGGAGCGUUUCAUAUCUAUGACCAGGAUCUAUUAUAAAGGCGCGUUGGGUUGCGUGGUGAUGUUUGACGUCACCUGCUCUUCCAGCUUCCUCAGCUGUCGCGAGUGGAAGCAGGACCUGGACAACAAGGCCAUGCUGCCCAACGGAGACCCAGUGCCCUGCAUCCUGCUGGCCAACAAGUGUGACCUUGCUCAGCGGGUUGUGUCAGCAGACAGCAUCGACAGGUUCAGUAAGGCCAACGGCUUCGUUACGUGGAUGGAGACUUCAGUCAAAGAAAACAAGAACGUUGGAGAGGCUAUGAGGAGGUUGGUGCAGGAGAUCCUGUCAGUUAAGUCGAGUCUUGACUCGAUCCAACCUGGACCUCAAGACAGCAUUACUCCUCAGCUGGACUGUCAGCUGGACUCUCAGUGCAGUAACAGCAGAGGAGCAGGCUGUUGCUGAAACAGAGUCAAGCAAACACCAGCAUCAGGAAGCUCCGAGUGGAUGCAAGGAGGUGUACUGUCACCUGUGCACUUCUAAUCUCAUGGUAAAACACAUUUCCAACUGGGACACCACCGCUCUGACACCACCAUUUGAAGACAGGUUAUGCUGGGCGGCUCUUUGUUCAUGUGUGUGUCUGCAUGGGUCGGAAGCAGUAUGCUUUCUGAAAGGAAUCUAUUACUAAAUUAUUGAAGAAUCACACUAAUAUAUAUAUAAUAUAUAAUAUAUAAAUGAUUUAUAAUUAGAAAUCCUCAGUGAGGAUGAUUUUCCCGAGAGGAAUCACAAGACCACAAAGCCGACUUCAGGCUUCUAAACUCUUUUUCUUUUUCUGUCCCAGUUUUUGGGACCCAAAACUCUGACGACCACAGUAGGGCUGCGAAUAACAGUUAUUAAUUAGAUAAAUAAUAGCAAGAAAAAUGCCAUUUUCAGAUGUUGUUGCUUGUUUUGUCCGAUUAACAGUUCAAGAUAUUCAUAUUUAUAUUUCUCUUGCUCAACAAGCAAUUCAUCAACUAAUAGUUUCAGCUCUGUACCAAAGUAAUUAACAGUAAAUAACAUGUAUUUAAAUUGUCGUAAUGUAUGUAUGAGUAUGGCAAACUUUUGGAUUCUGAUCUUUAGGUGUGUGAGGGUAAGGAGUAAUAUAUGUAUUUGGAAGUUAUAGGAUUUAUAAAUACAUUAUGUUUUACUAUAUAUAAAGCAAGAAAUUUUCAUGUUCUUCAA